AUGUCGGGCUUUCUCGAAAAUGCGUACAGCUUGGUGCACCAAGACAACGCUGCCGAUGUUCCAUCCCUGAACGACCUGCGGACCCAGCUUGAGAAGGGCACAGAUGAAAGCAAGGUCGACACCAUGAAGCGGAUUCUGACCAUCAUGCUCAAUGGCGACCCUAUGCCAUCACUUCUCAUGCACAUUAUUCGUUUUGUUAUGCCCUCCAAGUCAAAGCCUUUGAAAAAGCUGCUGUACUUUUACUACGAGAUAUGCCCUAAGCUCGACGCGCAAGGGAAGCUGAAGCAGGAGAUGAUAUUGGUUUGCAACGGCAUCCGGAACGAUCUUCAACAUCCGAACGAGUACAUUCGUGGAAACACCCUUCGAUUCCUCUGCAAGUUGCGUGAGGCCGAGCUUAUAGAGCCCCUUCUGUCCUCGGCAAGGUCAUGUUUGGAACACAGGCAUGCUUAUGUGCGGAAGAAUGCCGUCUUCGCCGUCUCCUCCAUCUUCCAACACUCACCAUCUCUCAUCCCUGACGCCGCCGACCUCAUCGCCACGUUUCUGGAGAGCGAAAGUGACCCAACAUGCAAGAGGAAUGCUUUUGCUGCGCUUGCAUCUAUCAGCCACGACCAUGCUCUGAUCUACUUGAGCUCCGUCUUUGACGGCAUUCCAAACGCAGAAGAGCUUUUGCAGCUGGUCGAGCUUGAGUUCAUCAGGAAGGAUGCUGUGCAAAACUCUCAGAACAAGGCACGUUACCUGCGCUUGAUCUUUGACUUGUUGGAGGCGGGUGCUUCCACUGUAGUCUAUGAAGCCGCCUCAUCACUCACCGCACUCACCAGCAACCCGGUGGCUGUCAAGGCAGCCGCAGCCAAGUUUAUCGAGCUUAGCAUCAAGGAAGCCGAUAACAAUGUGAAGCUCAUUGUCUUGGACCGCGUCGACCAGCUGAGGAAGAAGAACGAGGGUGUUCUGGAUGACCUUGUUAUGGAAAUCCUCCGUGUCCUGUCCAGUCCCGACAUCGACGUGCGUAGGAAAGCUCUAGGUAUUGCGCUUGACAUGGUCUCAAGCAAGAACGUGGAAGAGGUGGUCCUUCUUUUGAAGAAAGAACUGUCCAAGACGGUCGAUCAGGAAUACGAGAAGAACAGUGAAUACCGCCAACUGUUGAUUCACUCGAUACACCAAUGCGCCAUUAAGUUCUCCGAGGUUGCCGCCAGUGUCGUUGACCUGUUGAUGGACUUCAUUGCCGACUUUAAUAACACGUCGUCAGUUGAUGUCAUCAACUUUGUCAAGGAGGUGGUGGAGAAAUUCCCUGCGUUGCGGCCAUCAAUUGUCACAAGGCUUGUGGAGACUCUCGCUGAGGUGCGCGCCGGUAAGGUUUACCGUGGUAUCCUGUGGAUUAUUGGAGAAUACUCGCUCGAAGAGAAGGACAUUAGGGAUGCCUGGAGGAGAAUCCGUGCCAGUUUGGGAGAGAUCCCUAUUCUGGCAUCCGAGCAGAGGUUACUAGAUACUGCGGAUGAAGAGGACAACAAGGAGGACGACCAAGUCAACGGUGGUUCCAAAGCGGCCCCAACAGGCUCCAGGAAAGUCUUGGCCGACGGAACAUAUGCCACCGAGACGGCCCUUACUAGUCAGUCAUCCAAAGCCGCCAAGCUCGAGGCUGUCAAGGCCGCUCAGAAGCCGCCUCUGCGCCAGCUGAUCCUCGAUGGCGACUACUACCUGGCUACUGUCCUCUCUAGCACACUGACGAAGCUUGUAAUGCGCCACUCUGAGAUCUCCUCGGACCACGCACGUACAAACGCUUUGAGGGCUGAAGCUAUGUUGAUCAUGAUCUCGAUCAUUCGCGUCGGUCAGUCGCAGUUUGUCAAGGCUCCCAUCGAUGAGGACUCGGUUGACCGUAUUAUGAGCUGUGUCCGGAGUCUGGCCGAGUUCACCGAGCGCAAGGAGCUUGAGACUGUCUACUUGGAGGACACCAAGAAGGCUUUCCGUGCCAUGGUUGCAGUCGAGGAGAAGAAGCGCGCCGCAAAGGAAGCCGUGGAGAAAGCAAAGACGGCCGUGCAGGUGGACGACGUUGUGGCUAUUCGUCAGCUCAGCAAGAAGAACGCUGGAGAUGGUGCGGAUCUGGUCGAGGUCGACCUGGAGCGUGCUACAGGAGGGGAUUCCAGCGCAGCCGAGGAUCUGAGCAGCAAGCUCAACCGUGUGGUGCAGCUUACUGGCUUCUCAGACCCUGUAUAUGCCGAGGCUUACGUCAAGGUGCACCAAUUCGACAUCAUUCUUGAUGUCCUCCUGGUUAACCAGACCACAGAGACUCUCCAAAACCUUUCAGUCGAGUUUGCUACCUUGGGCGACCUCAAAGUGGUGGAGAGGCCAACAACACAGAACCUGGGCCCGCACGAUUUCCACAAUGUGCAGUGCACGAUCAAGGUCUCUUCCACGGACACGGGCGUCAUAUUUGGCAAUGUGGUAUACGACGGUGCUCAUAGCACUGACACCCAUGUCGUUAUCCUGAGUGACGUGCAUGUCGACAUUAUGGACUACAUCCAGCCGGCUACUUGCACCGAGACGCAGUUCCGCACCAUGUGGACAGAGUUUGAGUGGGAGAACAAGGUCAACAUCAACAGCAAGAUCAAGACACUACGCGGAUUCCUGGAUGAGCUUAUGAAGGCCACCAACAUGAACUGUUUGACUCCAGAGGCUGGACUGAAGGGCGACUGCCAGUUCCUUAGUGCAAAUCUGUACGCCAGGAGUGUAUUUGGCGAGGAUGCACUGGCAAACCUGAGCAUCGAAAAGGAAGGCGAAGAUGGGCCUAUCACCGGUUUCGUACGCAUAAGAAGCAGAUCCCAAGGUCUGGCUCUCAGCUUGGGGUCAUUGAAGGGACUCACCAAGAUAGGCACCAGCUCUUAA